AUGUCCGAAAGAGGAAGAUCUACCUUUUCAAUUUCGCAAAAGGCUCGUUUAGAACAAGCGUGGUCGUCUGGGUUGCGAUCAACUGGAAGACAAACUGCUUCGCAGAUUUCAUUGCUUGCCGAAGAACUCGGUCUAUCGCAGGAUAAAGUUAAGGUAUAUAAAAAUGUCGUAUUGACCGAAAAAGUAUGUUAAUAUUACAUAUUAAUGUUUUGCUUUUAUAACUAUUUCAAUAUUAAUAAUAUUUCUUUUAUGAUGUUUAUUAAUAUCCAGUAAAAAACAUAGCUCGAUCUUGAUAUAUAAAAUAAUACAUAACACGUGCUCUCUGGAAUUCUACUAAGCGCGUCACCUAAAAAGUCAAAACUAGUCAUUCCUUCGAUCGUAUUUAUACUAAUAAAAUAAGCUUUGUCAUAAAUAUAUAAAGUGUAAGUGAUUCGUUGAUUGGGUUUGUAUAAUGAAUAUUAAGAGGCCUCUGUGUUUUAGGCUUGAUUUUGAAUUUUGAAAAUAAAGUAUUGCGUAUUACAUCAAUAAAUACAUGAUUGUGUAAAGUCGCAUUUCUCCCAAAUCAGUCCUUCUUUAUUAUUUUACUUAAUCUAAUGCCUGGCGCUGGGUUAUUAUAAUAUAUAAUUAGAAAGGUUGUUCAUUGCAUGGAUGCAUAGACCAUACAUAUGGAUAGGAAUGAGAGUGAAUAAUUAAUUGUAUUCUGAUCAUCAAAUGAAACUUUAACCCAUUAUUAAGUGACAUCACUCUCCCCUUGACGGGUCCAAUCAUCUGGCAUUAGACACAGUAAAAUAAUAAAGUAGGGUGCAUCAAGGCACAAUGCAACUCAAUGGGUUAACCCAUUGAGUGCCAGUGCUCACCCCUAUAAGUUAUCGAUAUCAAGGUACAGUAGUACAACCAGGCUUUGCAAGAACACACGUUUGUACCACAAUUAGGAGGCUCUGAUGUAUGAAUGCACAUAAUGGACUGUACUACAUGUAUUGCUAAUAUUUAGGAUGAGGCAUUCUUACACUGAAUACCCCAAAACAGGCCAAAACCCCCAUAUAAGGUCAAUUGAAUCAAUUUUUUCAAAACAUGCUUAAACCAAUGCUUGAAAACAUGAAUGACACCUGUAGGUACAGUACUCAUUUAAUCCAUAUUUAACACAAAAUGUGUUUAAGAGUGGCAGCACUCUCCACCUGAUGAGUAAAAUUAUCUGGGGUUAGACAUAUAAAUGGUUCACAGGAUGCAUGGAUAGAUUGUCUGAUUAAUCGAUUGAGUGACGGCACUCUCCCCCUGAUAAGUAAAAUAGUCUGGCAUUAGACAGAGUAUAAUAAAUUAGGGCGCAUUGCCACUUAAAGGGUUAAUAUUCUCCAUAAUAUUCUUCACUUUGCAUCUAUUGAUUCACAUCUGCAGAUUGAGAGAGGUCCAACUAUCUAAAAAAUAUUAGCAGAUUUAAUGUUUAUUGUUUAGAGUAAACUUUCAUACUCAUAAUUAAAGCAUCUUGUGACAAAAAGAAACCAAUGAAAAGAUCAUGAGGAUGUUCUGUGUCAAACUGUUAGUGUUUGAAUUAAUUUUAAUUAAUUUACAUUUAAUUUAUUUAUUUAUGUAAUUAACUUAUGUAUUCCAUGUUUCAGGCCAUCUGUAACUUUUGUUCAACCAUUACUGUAAGUUGCAUUGUGCCUCAAAGCAACAUUUGAGUUAACCAUUGAUAUUCAACAAUCUCCCUUAAACAGUGAAUGAUCUGAUGAAAUAGUUAUGUAAGCCAGGUGCAUCAGGACAUAUUAGGCAAACUAAAAUAAUAAAGGAGGUGCACCCUUACUCCUUAGUCAGUAGUGAAGAUCAUACUGUCUAAAUUUUUAAUUAUUUGUAUUAUUCAAACCAUUAGAAAUGUAUUGUCUGUAACCAGUAUUUAGAUGCAGGUAUUUAGAAGAAAAGCAUGAUAAUGCAAAUUACAGUACUGUAACUAUAUUUUACAUUUUCUUAGUCUCAGGAGCAACUAGGUAUAGGGAUAGUGGGAUAAUUUUUACCAUUAUAGUCAUAAUGUUUAUAUUUUUUAUUAGAAUUACAUCCGCAACCAGAACCGGAAAGUCAAAAACAGUUCUGACAGUGCCCAGAGAGAGGUGCCAUCUGCUACACCAAAUACUGCUGGACCACCAAGAAAGCGUCGGAAAUUAUCUGGAGCAAAUGUGUUUUACAGGGAAUUUAUGAGAAGUGAAGGUAAUGUUUUUAAAAUUCAGAGUUUAUGAUUGAACUAAUGUGCAAGGUCCAUCUGUCAACUCACCCGAUAUUGUAUUAUUGUAACUCACUUGUCAAGCCUUUGUGAGUGAGUUUGCACUCUUUUUGCAAAUAUGCAUUAUAAUCUACUCAAUAAAAAGACCUGGCCAACAAUUAACAUUCUAUUGAAUUAUUAGAAUAUAAAAAAAAUCUAACCUGCAGCUUGAAAAUUUCACUCAAAUGCAUAUGUUUGCUAGCCUUGUUAAAGACAGUCUUUUCCAUUUAAAAAAAGGAUAAAUGCCAUAUGUAUUUUUAACACAAACUCCACUCUUACUUACUUGGUGUUGCUGCCAUGUUUGUGUUGUUUUGAAUCAAUCUGUGACAGUGUGACUGUUACUUGAAGAAUUUUGCACUGCUGUUUAAGAUUAACCCAUUGAGCGCCAGCGCUCUCCCCUUGACGACUAAGGUCGUCUGGCGUUAGACAGAGUAAAAUUAACUAAAGUAGGGUGCAUCAGGGUGCAUCGCCACUCAAUGGGUUAACUAGACACAUGGGCAGAUAGGCCAGUUAACCCAUUGAGCGCUAGCGCUCUCCCCUUGACGAGUAAAAUCGUCUGGCGUUAGACAGAGUAAAAUACUAAAGUAGCAAAAUCAACCAAUCACAGUUAAGUGAGAUUUUGAUGUAUAUUAUUACAUUACUUAUUGUACCUGUUAAUUACGUUAUCAAUAGAAUCGAAAAAGGUUCCAUCUCUGGCUGAGAAAAACAAAGCUUUUUCUGAAGCAUGGAGAAGUAUGAAUGAAGAAAGGAAAGCAGAAUACAAUGCCAGAGCGAAAAAUGAGGAAGCUGAAAAAGUUUCUUCAUUGCAGUCAAAGAAGGAGCUGGUUAGCAAUGCUCUGCUGAAGCUAAAAGAGCAUGUAUGUAAAGUGUAUCUACUAUUCUUACUUCACAUGAAUACUGUAUCACUAUCAGCUUCUGCAAACAAUGUUAAGAUAUUUUGGCCCUACUCUGUCUAACACCAGACGAUUUUACUCAUCAAGUGGAGAGCGCUUGUAGUUACUAUAUACCAGUAUAGGAAUGUUAGGAGGGCUGUAGAGGAGGAGUGCAUAGAGUCUUGAGUCUUGUUUUCUAUCCCCAAUGGGCCAUUCAAUUGAAUGUAGCACCCUCCAUUUUGAUGGGUUCCUCCAUACCCCCUCUUGGGCCAAAUAAAAAUAAUAGUUGGUUUCAGGUUUCAAACCGGCCUGUCAAAAAUAUGACCAACCAUAAGCAUUUUAUUGACAUUUCCCAGUAGAGAUAAUCUUUUCAUAAUUACUAAUUAGCAGAAUAUAUAUUAAAUAGUCAUCAGACUCAUUUGUCUACAUUAUCUAGUAUGUUAUUCAUUGUUUUUACAGUUGAAUAAAAUAUUAAAAACGUACAUUAUUCUGACAUGGGAGUUAUACGAAAAAAGAAAUCGACCCCCCCCCCCCCAAAUAAAAACGACUUGAUGUGUUUGUUUCUUGACCAUGUGUGACAGUUACUCAUAAACAACUUAUAUUUAUUGCAUACUUGAGAGUUGAGAUAAAAUAUUUUCAAAAAUGAAAUGUUUUUCCGACUUACCUACCCAUAUAAAACAUGGCUGUAAAACCUGAAACCAACUAUUCUUUUUUUGGCCUUGGGAUAAAACAUGAAAGUUCCCAUUAAGGCAUUAACAAAGCUUUUAUUGCUUGGGAUGCAACUACAUGAAAAGUAUAAGGUGAAAUUCGAUGUUUCAGUUGAAGGCCCUUUAGUAAUUUUCUGAAAAUCCCACAAGCUAUCCCCUAGGAACAAUCAACAUGAGAAAUCCCACCUAUUCAUUGGAUAUUCAAACAUCUAAACAGAGAGGGGCACACAAUUUAAAUGCAAUGGCUGCACACCUUAAAAUGAAACCUCAUACAUACAGUGCAGUAUAUAAAAACUGGAUAUGAGUGGCAUUGCACAAAAUUAUGGAUACCUGCUUGGAUAUAUGUAUUGUCAAAACCUGUUCUUGUGUUGCUAACCCUCGUAUAUUCUAUAAUUCAGGGCUGUAAUUAAUGGUGACUUAUACACAGCUGGCCCAAUAUUGUGUUAGUAUUGUAUAUUAUAGUAAAAAUGUAUCAUAAAACAUAUAUUUUAAAAUGAAAUUUACUUGCCUAUUUGAUAGUGUGUGUUCUCCUUUUAUUCCUGUUUUGUUGGGCUAAUAUUUUCCGAGAUUUUGCACUUGAUGAUUGCAAGUGGCAGCCGCAACCAUUGAGUGCAAAAUUUCGAAUAUAUUAGUCCAAUAAAAGAAGAAUAAAAGGAGAACACACACCAUCAAAUAGGCAAGUAAAUUGCAUUUUAAAAUAUAUAUUUUAUGGUUUAUGAUAUAUUUUUACUAUAAUCACAUUAGUAUGUACUAAUACAAGAUUGGGCCGCCUAUGAUCUAAAGUACUUUAUACUACAUGUAGCUGCAUAAUACGAAGUUAGAUAGCGCUAUCCAACGGAUAGUGAUUAUUUCAACCGUUGUAAAAAUGCUUAAAAACUGUGAAACCACGGAUAUAGACGACACACGUGAAACUGGCCCCUGAUGCCUUAUUACUAACUCUUACUGUAUAUUUUAGAUUGACUACCUGGAAUCACUGGAAGUAGAAUGUUGUGCCUUGCUAUUUUAUGACAACAAAUUGAAGCGCCUGGCAUCUGAGAGUGGGAAAAGGAUUGUUAACCAGCAAAUCCUCAACCAAAUAAAUGCUGAAAUGGCAAAAAAUCAUGGUACACAACUAAAUUAUAUGACAUAAUUUAGCUAACAGUUCAUGUGUAUUUUACCUAUGAAACGCUUUGCCUAUACUACCCUAGCGAAACGUAUGGCAUAUUCUUUGUAUAAAUGUCAUAUAUCUGAAACGAGAAAUCGAGUCCAAAAAGUGAAGCUGAAUAUUUGAUAAAAAAAUGCAUUAAAUUUUUUAAAUAAAUGCAUGUGAUGUUGAAUUCAACACUGUUACAACUAACACCUUUAAAAUUUGGUUUUUAAGUACAUUUUCAUUCCAAGCAUAACAAAAUGGUGUAUAUCAAAACACGUAUGUAACGUACAAUUUCUCUUCACCAAUGGUUUAACUACGGUCGUUGUUAAAGGGGAUGGACGAGAGGGGUGUUUUCAAGAUGACGGCUACUUUUCAAGAUCGUUAAAUCUCUAACGAGCCACCAGAAAGGCACUUAUAACAAUCGUAAACCUUAAUCCAAUCCCGGUACUGACCUAACUUCAAUCCUAACCCCAACACUAACCCUAAACUAAAACGAUCUCUGAGUUUAAAUUAUGAACUAUCUUGAAAACUCCUUUUCGCCCAUCAAUUUAGUCAUUACGGUGAAAAUACCGGGUGUUUGUAAUCCAAUAGUACUAAGGCCCCGUUUACACUGUACCGGAUUCGUUGGUCACGACAUCAGUUUUAACAGUCAACGAAUUAGCCUAAAGUCUUAAAUAUUUAUAAUGGUAGUACUUAACGAGCAGAAACAUUUGGAAUUUAGUUAUCGAAAGAGUAAACCUUCGUUGUUAAACGUUGCUCAUGGGCAACAAACGAAGAUGUCGUGACCAGCCUAUCAGGUACAGUGUAAACGGGAUAUAAAAAUUAUCGGAUGAGGCUGAGCAUGAUAUGAAGAAUUAUCAAGACCGAGGUUUAUGUUAUCCUCCGUAGUCUGAAGCGGAUAACAUUGACAGAGGUCUGGAUAAUUCUUAUUAGUAUAAACCUACUAGUAGGCUAUCACAUAUCGUGCCUUCUGAUUGGCUACGCUACUAGUAGGCUAUUAGUGAUAGCCUACUAAUAGAAAAUUCAAAAUGGCGGAAAAUUCGCGUUUUGCACUUUUACCGAAAUGUCAGAUGAUUUUUUGGACGACUUGUUGAACAAUUCUGUACUAAAAACCCCCGAAAAAAGCAACAAAAAUAUGGAAUGGAAAUUUUUAAGGGUAUGAAAAUAGACAAAAUAACAUACGCUCAAUGAAAUUUUGAAAUUAAAACUGAAUUUUGUAAAACAUUUUACGCGAACAAAAACUAUUUGUUUACUUUUAAUGGUUUUAUAAUGUUUUUUUUGUGUAUUUUUGUAUUGUGUUUGCAGCCUAGUUGUAAAUUAAUGUUAAAGUUUACACUUCGCCUCGUUGACUAUUCGCUCAUAAACAACUCGGCCUCGUUGUCUAAUUGUUAAAUAGCGUAGAGGUUAAUUUAUAGCACAAACUUCAGACAAACAAACUGAGAUUCACUUUCAAAUCAAUGAACUACAGUAUAUUCCUAUGUUAAGCAAGUAAGAAUUGUGGGAAUAUUCGGACAAACUACACUUGUGACGUCAAUUGCAAUACAUGCUGUUGAAAGUUGUUACCUUUUAUUUUUAGCAGCAUUGGGCGAUGGGUGCCGUAAUAUUGUAGUGGGGUGUAUACUUAGAUAUGUAUAUGUACCUACUGUAAUUGGUGUAUAAAUUAAGGAAUAUGCAGCGUAACUCUUAAUUUAGUUUAAGGAAAGUAUUCGCAUCAGUCUGUCUCUGAUUACCGCGAAUCACCUUGUAAAUCAGAUACAGAACAGCUGCUGAUAUGCUUCAUAAUUAUAUUAAUUCAACAACGCAUGCCAUUUAUAAAUUUUAGUCAUCCAAUGUUUAUACUAUUUACAUAUUUGUUCAUUCGUUUGUGUAUUUAUUUAUACUUAUGGUUUUCUUAACUUAUUUUAUAAGGUGAAUUAAAUCGCGAUGGUCUAAUUGAAAGAGUAAAAACUAUAUUCAAUCAAGCGUACGGUGAGUGCUAUUAGUAUUUUGAACAUUCAUUCCUAGUUCGAACCUCGCGAUUGGUUUCGUAUGUUCCCAUCAAACUUAAUAAACUGCAGUAAACCUGGUGCUUGUGAUGUUACUCUGAGUAUAUAUCCACACCGGGCAAGCUUGAAAAAUAUGCCUGACCACGGUGGGAAUCGAACCUACUGUACGACCUUUGGAAUACCUGCCCAAUACUCUGCCAACUGCGCUACGCGGUCAGGUCGGUUCGAGUAUGUGAUACUGCAUGUAGUUCGGAACAGAAUUUAGUUCCUUCGAUAUCAAUGUAAUCUAAUAAUCAUAUUUUUUCUGUGUUGGUGUAAUGUACUCAGGUGAAUAUGAUGUUUGUGAUGUUACUCUGAGUGUAUAUCCACACCGGGAAGCUUGUUUUUUAAAAAGAUAUACACUCACAGUAACAUCACAAGCAUCAUAUAUUCACCUGAGUACAUUACACCAACACAGUAAACCUACUGUAAAUUCAUUAUUUUAGUUGGUUACAUUUGCAUAUCAAAAUUCUGAAGUUUGAAAUAGGUCUUAAUACAGUACAUACUUCAUGCCUGAAUCAUAUUUUUAUAUUGUGUAAUUACUUUGUUUUGCAUGGACGAUACAAUUUUUAAACAAAUUAUUGACGUACACAGUUCUUUUUUGACGUUAUAGGGUUAGCAGUUGGUAAAGAAGGACAGAAAAUGCCGUAUAAACGGAUAAUUAAAGGAAGAUCUGCCUAUUAUUUAAAAGGUUUGCCUGCUGGUCUAAAGUUGAGACAUCCAAAAGACUACGGGACGAACCAACUAAGAAAUAUAGUUUCCUGCGAAAAGGCGGUUAAAGUGGUAUGUGCAUACUGUAUAAUUGAUGUGCCUUGAUCUUACAGAUCCUUGAAAACUAAAAGAUAUUGAUUUUAGUGCAACGUUUAGAUAUUGAUUUGUUAUAAGACGUAUACGAAAAGAAGCUAAAAAUUAUUUGAAAAUGUCGUUAUAAAACAUUGAUGUUUAAACAUGCAGACUCAAUAUUUUGGAUUUAAACUAAAUUUAAUUUGACUCGUUUAUUUUAUGCGGUAAAUACAGUAGCGGGUGGAGGUUACCGACAAUUUGGCGCGUUUUAUCAAAGUAGUUUGAAGCCUUAGACGUGCUGUUGGACAUUUCAAACAAAGUUGGUGUGUUCUUUCAAUUUCCUUUUUAUAGAUAAAAAAGCCAUUAAGACAAAACCCACAAGAAGAACAUCAACAACAACAAGAACAACACCAGCAACAAGAAGAACAACACCAGCAACAACAUGUAGAAGAGAACGAACAUAAACGACAACAACAACAACAACAACAACGCCAGCAGCAACAACAACAGCAGCAGCAGCAACCACCACAACAACUGCAGCAGCAGCAACAACCACCACAACAGCAGCAGCUGCAACCGCAACAACAACAGCAAUCACAACAACAACAACAACAACAACAACAACAACAACAACAACAACAACAACAACAACAACAACAACAACAGCAGCAGCAGCAACUACAACCACCGCCGCAGCGGCAACCAGAACAACAACAGCAGCAACCACAACUACAACAACAGCAGCAGCAACCACAACAAAAACGCGUCGUAAACCUGCAAAUACCCAAUGUUAACUACAAUCCAAUCGAUGGUAAGUUCUUAUUAUAUGUGCAUGUCAUUACCGUACAAACCUUUUUUUAAAUGAGCUAGCCAUGCGGAAUGUCGCGUGUUUCAGAAAGCUAAUGGGCACAAUAUUCGUAUCGUAUAUAUAUAUAUAUAUUAUUUACUAGUUCUGUGUGUUACUUGUGUACUGCUAACUGCAAGUCUCUUUACAGAACUAGUAAAUAACGUAACCUUGGCUCACCAUCUGAUGCCUUAUAGCUCAAUGGUUAGAGCGUCUGUCCGGUUAUCAGAAGGUUACGUGGUUCAAUUCCCGUUAGGGCUCAGAGUUUCAUAUAUCAUGCAUGAUCGACAUGAUAUAUGAUAUAUGAUAUAUGAUAUAUGAUAUAUGAUAUAUGAUAUAUAUAUAUAUAUAUAUAUAUAUAUAUAUAUAUAUAUAUAUAUAUAUAUAUAUAUAUAUAUAUAUAUAUAUAUAUAUAUAUAUAUAUAUAUAUGAGAGUAUAUAUAUAUGUAUGAGUUCUCAUCUUGGCCUUGUACUGUAGCUCAGGAGGUAGAGCAUCGUUCUAGAAAUGCGAAGGUCGCGGGUUCGAAUCCCAGCCGCGGUCAAGUAGAAUUGUCUGCUUGCCCGGCUUGGUAUACACUCGUCUGAAAACAACUCAACAACCGCUACAUAACGUAACACGAGUGGAAUCGUCAACGUGGGAAACCACAACAUUCACAUACAACAUUGCCAGACUAAUAGCUGGCUUUACGCAUUGAAGGACUAACCUCCGAAAUGCAACUGACAUCAUAACUUAACAAGUCGUUCUCAGCUUGGCCUUGUAGCUCAGGAGGUACAGCAUCGUUCUAGAAAUGCGAAGGUCGCGGGUUCGAAUCCCAGCCGCGGUCAAGUAGAAUUUUCUGCUUGCCCGGCUUGGUAUACGCUCGUCUGAAAACAACUCAACAACCGCUACAUAUAUAUAUAUAUAUAUAUAUAUAUAUAUAUAUAUAUAUAUAUAUAUAUAUAUAUAUAUAUAUAUAUAUAUAUAUAUAUAUAUAUAUAUAUAUAUAUAUAUAUAUAUAUAUAUAGUUUGUGAGUCCACUUGACUGUUUACUCCAGUUAUUAAUGAGCAUUACAACUAUGUUUUCUUUUGUAAUUUGUAGGUGAGAAUGUAAUUGUUAUCGGGAUGUAUGCUCGAAAACCCCGCCUAUUUGGUUCUGGUGUUGUCCUACCCGGACGUCAACUUCACUUGGAUGAAAUUAGAAAAGAUUCCUGUAAGAUAUCCAUAUCAACGACUACCUGCCCAGACGAUGCCAGGCCAUUUUACGCAGACAAAAAUGGAGAAAAUAGAGUAGUAGUUGGGCAGAUCUACGAAUGGCCUAGAAAAUAUCUUUUCCCUUUAAAUAACUCUCAAUAA